GGAGCGUUUGUAAAGCCCUGCGCAUGUUUCUGCGUGAGACAAAACUUCUGCAAGAAUGCAAAUCCUACUCCGAGCUGCUUAAGCAUCCCGACGUGCAAGCUCAGCUAGCUCCUGAAAGAGAAAUGCUUCUGCGAGCACUGAGCGAGUGCGUGGUGGAGGCGAAGAAGUCGUACGAGCAAGCUUCCGGCAGCAUACAGGGAAUUCCAGAAGUCGUCAGAGACAUAGUCGGCCUGCAGGAACUUCGCACCAGGUUGGAGGAGGCCCAGGAGGUGGUUAGCCUUCUCAACGACGGCAGCGAAUCCUGGGAACCACUCGUGCAAAACCUGAACAGGGCACGCGACGAGGCGCGGGAGGCUGCCGCGGAUCGCCUGGACGCCUGGAGCCGCAGCGCCCAGCAGAUCGCCACUAAGACGAGCCUUCAAGAGGACGAACCUGCCCUGGUUCUGGGCGCGGGAGGCCGGCCCCGGGUCAGCCUGAGCCCGCGGUUGGCGUCCAUCGCGGCCGAAGCGAGGCAGCUGCGCGCCCUGGGCUGUCGGCUGCCUCCGGGACCGCUGCGCCAGCUCGAGGACACCGCGGCCCGCCUCGGACACCGGGCUCGACACCUUCAGCAGGUUGCGUCCUUCUACAGCACCGUGGCUGACCAGAUGAUUCCGAGCCAACGGCCGCUCAUGCUGGGACUGGCCGAGGAGUUGACCGGCGCUCUGAGACAGCGGGUGCCUUGGGGAGACGCUGUGGCGCUGGACGCCUUUGUCGGACGAUUGCGCGCCCUGGCCGCUCGGCUGGCUGGCCGCAACCGCCACCUGCGUGCCCUGCAUCUAGUAGUGUGCCGGAAGGUGAUGUCCCUGUUUGACCUCGACCUUGUGUGCCGGCAGCAAAGCUGGAAAGAUGUGCUCAAUGACAUCAGAGCUACCAUGGCGCAGCAGCAGGAAAGCCCCGAACAAGUGCGCCCUUGGCGAGCCCACUGGGACCGGCAGCUGUACAAGGCCCUCGAGUGCCAGUACCUCCGUGGCCUCGAGACGCUGUUGCAGUACCUGCCCGAAACACGCAUCGAGCUGACCUGCAGGAGCGGGCAGCUGUGCUUCCGUCCGCCGCUGGAGGAAGUACGCUCGCGCUACUACCAGCAGGUCAAGCGAUUCCUGGCCCUGCCGCUGCACUUUCGCGGCGUCAGUGACGACCUCGCAGUGGACCAGAGCCUCGUGUUUUCGGUCAUCGUUGACCGGAACGCGCACCAGUUCGUGGACCUGUACAGGCGCACGCAGCGGCUUUUCGGCUCCGUCCAGGCCUCCGCGGGACGCUUCCAGGAAUGGGUGGCCUUGAGCUCACUGGACCUGCAGGCCUUUGCCGAGGGGCUGUCCCCGGAGGAAUGGAAGAACAGCUUUCGUACUGUCAAGGCCAAGUGCCAGGAGUUCGGAAAAGCGUUCCCGGACGAGGAGCGCUUCGAGUGCCUGGUGGUGAGCUACGCGCCCGUGCGCUCGCACGUGGACUUCGCUCUCUCCGAGCUCGAGUCCGGACUGGUGCGCGAACUUCGCGCCUCGGUGGCACGCGACGCGGCCGCCGUGCGCUCCUACCUGGAGGCGUCCCUGGACGCGCUCGCCGGCAGCGCCCAGACGGCGGAGGAACUGGCGCAGCUGGGCGCCGCUUUCGGCCGCACCGUGUCCGGCCGCGACCGGGCUGCGACCACGUACUCGGCCGCUCGCGACAAGCAGCAGCUGUUGGCACGCUGGUCCCGCCGCGCGCCACCCGCUGACAUGGACGGGCUACAGCAGCUGUGGGACACCCUGGACGAGAGAUUGCACCAGCACAGGGACGUCGUCGCGCACCAGAUGGAAGUGCUGAAGGCCAAUGCGUCGGCCCGCCUGGAGAACUUCGAGCAGCUGCGGGAGCGCUUCCUCACCCGCUGGGAACAGGCACGUUCCCGACUGGGCGACGAGGCGGCCAACCUCCUGGGCGAGCUGCGGGCCGAGAUGGAUGCGCUGCAGGACGCACGCAGUCGGCUGGCGUCAGAAGCGGAGCAACUGGGCCUGGCAGGACCCGGUGAGCUGGCGACGGCCGAGCAGGAACUGCGGGAGGCCGAGGCCGCCUGGGCACUACGCGAGCAGUUUCGCAAGGAGCUGCAGGAGCUGAGCCAACAGCAGUGGAUCCUCAUGAGGGGGCAGCUUCAUCAGUUGGAGCACUUCCUGGCGGAGUGGGCUCAACGGGCCAAAGAUCCUACCACACCAGCGGCCGUCGCAGCGUCUCUCUACAAGGAAAUCGACGCGCACAAGGUGGCUGCUUCUCGUCUCGUUUACGACACCACUGAUUUCUUGCGCUGA